AUGACAGCGUCCGUGUUCGUUGUGAUCAUGUCCUCAGCUAUUUUCAGCCCCAGUUUUGCCUUCACUUCACAUUUUGACUCAGGUGGCGCACCCCUGAGUGAACUCUCAUGGCCAUCCUCUCUGGCUGUGGUGGCUGUUUCAUUUUCUGGCCUCUUCACAUUUGUCUUCCUCAUGCUAGCAUGCCUUUGCUGUAAGAAAGGGGACAUCAACUUCAAGGAGUUUGAGAACACAGAGGGUGAGGAGUACCAGGCUGACCUGUCCACACUGGCCUCUCCAACCUCACAGAACGGCCCAGAGGUUUACAUCCUUCCCUUAACUGAGGUCUCCUUACCUGUGUCCAAACAGCCAGGUAGAUCAAUCCAGUUGCUGAAGUCGGCAGAUCUUGGACGACACAGCCUGCUCUACCUGAAAGAGAUUGGCCAUGGCUGGUUUGGAAAGGUUCUGCUGGGUGAGGUGAAUGCUGGGCUUAGUACCACUCAGGUAGUGGUAAAGGAACUUAAGGCCAGUGCCAGUUUGCAGGACCAAGUGCAGUUCCUGGAGGAGAUCCAGCCAUAUCGCGCUCUUCAGCAUCCUGCCCUCCUGCAGUGCUUGGCACAAUGCACUGAGGUCACGCCCUAUUUGCUGGUCAUGGAGUUCUGCCCUCUGGGAGAUGUUAAAGGGUAUCUACGUAGCUGUCGGGCAGCUGACACAGUCACUCCUGAUCCUUUGAUUCUCCAGCGAAUGGCAUGCGACAUCGCCUCUGGCCUUCUGCACCUCCACAAACACAACUACAUUCACAGUGACCUGGCUCUCAGGAACUGUCUGCUAACCUCAGAAAUGACAGUGAAGAUUGGAGACUAUGGCCUCUCCCACAGCAGGUACAAGGAUGACUACUUUGUGACGGCUGAUCAGAUUUGGGUGCCGCUGCGCUGGAUCGCUCCAGAGCUUAUUGACGAGGUCCAUGGUAACCUGCUGGUAGUGGACCAAACCAAAGUCAGCAAUGUUUGGUCAUUGGGCGUGACAAUCUGGGAGCUGUUUGAACUGGGUAACCAACCAUACAGACACUACUCUGACAGGCAGGUGUUGAUGUAUGCAGUGAAGGAGCAGCAGCUGAAACUGCCCAAACCCCAGCUGAAGGUGCCCCUCUCUGAGCGCUGGUAUGAGGUGAUGCAAUUCUGUUGGCUGCAGCCUGAGCAGAGACCUGUGGCUGAAGAAGUUCACUUGCUGCUAAGCUACCUGUGCGCAAAGGGUGCCAGUGAGGCUGAGGAGGAUUUUGAGAAGCGCUGGAACUCUCUCAGGCCCAGUCUGGGAACCAGCAGCUCCCAUAGAGCCCCGGCAGUAGAGCUGGCCUCCUCUGCCUCCUCCUCCUUCCCGCUACUUGAACACUUCUCAACAGCUGACAGUUUCCAUCUGGAGGCUGGGGAUGACAUCCUGACUGUCAUGGAGACCAGCCACGGGCUCAACUUUGAAUACAAAUGGGAACAAGCACGGGCUGAGCAGCCCUACUGCUCCUCUUCUGCCACUGGGCCCCUUGGUCGAGCCAACCCUCACUAUCAGGACAUCUACUACCCUAUUAGCAAUGCUGCUGCAGGCAGCAAAGGAGUAAACCUUACCACAGGGGUUUCCCCAUCUUACUAUGAAUCAGGCAAUCAUGGGGUUGUUCCAGUGCUUAGUGCUCACAGCCCUUCUGUAAGCAGUGAAUAUUACAUCCGCAUUGAGGAGCCAGUUGAGUGUAACAUCAAUCUAGAGGACACCAAUUUAGACUACAGUCCAGGGCUUGAGGCUGGCAACAGUAGUUUCUCCACAGGAGAAGGAAAGAGUCCCUCAGAGAUGCAUUCAAACACCUACUGGACGGCUGCUAAGGGCUCAAAAAGCUGUGCCUCUGAGUCUGACACAAGCCCAACCAUGUCCAUCAACAUGGAGAGAGCCCACAGAGGAGAGUCUAGCACCAGCCCUGAUCAGUCUGGAGAGUACUUCUCUCCACGUGAUAGAGACAGGUUCAACUGUGAACAGUCACCACCAGAUGAACUUGUCAGGCACCAACAGAGUUGGGUGUCUCAAUGUUUGCAGCACAAACUGAGCAUGCCGGAAAACCCUAUGGUGCUGUCCGACUCACUCAGCAGCCCAAGUCUGGGAUGUUGUGAUCCCUACCUUGAGGCAAGCCAAGGGAACAUUGUAGAAAUGAAUUGUCCAAAUGAAGGAUACUAUGACACGCUGGGUCCCCUGCAGAAAAACUUCUUGCGGCCCCACAACGUUGCUGUUGAUGUUGAGACUAGAGAUGGUUUUCUAAUAAUGCAAGGCAGUGCCAGCCCGGAGGAUAACAGUGACCUGUUCUCCGAAAGUGACACUACUAACUGGACCUCCAACCACUCUGCAAAUAACAACAGUUUAAACUUUGAUAGCAGACAAGCAAGUGGUUUUCAAGACUCUUACCUUGAUUUACAUCAUGCGACACCUUCCUCCCAUGUCCAGAGCUUGUCAGCGAGAGACAAAACUCUACUUCAUACCUCGAGACCACUUUCCUACUUAGAAGCCACAGACAACAGCAUCUCAUCCAUCAACCCUUCUUGUACAAACCCAGCAGACUGUGAAACCUAUAUUCAUUUGUGCCAUGACAAUGGACAGGAAGAGUCUUCACCUCUCAAAUGCCACCCCACAAUAGCAAAUCCCACAAUUAAUCAUCCAGUCUCAUGCACUGCUGAAACUAGUUCUGGACACAAACUUGUUAAAGAGGACACAGUGAAACUUUCAGUGGAGGGCACAGUGAAAAGUACACUGUUUUUGCCAGAUAUGAAAGCUCCAUAUGCGCAAAUGACUAAAAACACGGGAGACGGUUCCAUGGUCCUUUGUGUGAAAAAAGUAUGUUAUCCCGAAGCCCUGUCAGAGAUGGUCUCGGAGUGCAGUGGCACAUCAGAUAGCGCAGUGGAAGCCGGCUGUUCCAGCAUUAGCUUGGCGGGCUUUGAUGACGGAAGUGAUGAUGACAUCACUGACAUCACAUCUGGAAUAUUUGUAGACUCCCCUGUAGACUAUGCCGAAGUAGGGGACAUAGGCCACAGAUCCAAACGCAGAGAAACCUUGGACUCAGAGGACACCAUGAACCUUGCCUCAAGCUGCAGCCCCUGUGAGACUCUCAGUCCAGAUGCCUACCACACAUCUAUCUUACCCAAAUCACUAGACAGUGGCUAUGACACAGAGAACAACGAGUCUCCAGAAUUCAUCUUAAAAGACCUAGAAGGAAAGCCCAUCCUCAGUGCCAGCAUGGAAUCGGAUGAGCCUGAGAUGGUCCUACAGAUGGACUUAGAUGAAGAUAUAGAUGGGGUGGUUCUUAACCCAUCCACCAAUGCUAACCUGCAGCUGACCAGCAUGAGUGACAGGAACCAAUACAGGGAUUCUGCUUACUUCUCUGACUACGAUACAGAAAAUGACAAAAGCCCCUGUGAAGGAGUGAACAGUUUCUUCAAUCACCCAGAGAAAGAUGACAUUAUGUGCCAUAAAACUGAAAAAGAAGGACCUCUCAGAAUGGCAGGGAGAGAAUCAUACAGCUCAGAGAAUGAGCGAGAGGAGGGAUAUCAUUUUGCAGUGCUGAAGGACAGUGCAAACAAAGCAGUAGUUAAUGCCACGCAGUUACAUCCAGACAGGAACAGCUCAGACCCAGAUCCUUAUUUAUCACCUACUGAAGCUCCAGGACUCACCAUGUUGUCCCCUUUUCCCCCAGAGAUGGGGGGCUGCUUGACUAAGGAAUCAACCCCAGAUGAUGGCCUGGCAUUAGAAUCUGAACAUUCUGUAGAAGAGCCAUCUUCUGAAUGCUGCUCUUCCACAGUUGCUGAAGGAUCAAACUCAACACAGGAGGCUGCAGCCACAGAGGACCAGCCUAACAGAAGUUUCGAGGGCUGCUCCCCUGCAGAGUCACUAGGUUCUGACUCCACCCUAGUUGACUUCAGUGAGGGGCUUGCCAAAGAGACUGAAGACAGACAGGAUCAUGUGGAUGGGGAGGAAAUUCUAGAGUUUGAAAAGAAGGGAGCAGAUGAGAGUGUAAGUGAAGAAGAUGGGAGCAGAACAACAGAGGACGAGGAGAACACUGGGCAAACAAAUUUGAGCUCUAAGGAUGAUGGCUCUCUUGAGAACAUUCUUCCCACUUUUCUUGAAGAUCUGGAAAUGAGGGCACCUCUGGGGGACAGUGAAGAGGUGGAUGAGGAAGAUUCGGACGACAGUGAAGAAUCAGAUGAAGAGUUGCGCAGCUACAACAUCCAGGAGCAGAGCGAGGACAGUGAUGAGGAUUUCACCACGGUGCCUGUAGUAGUGAGUGAUCGCAGCGGAGCACGACACCUACGUAGCCUCCUCAAGAUGCCCUCUGUACUCACACAAUCCUUCUGUGAUGAGUUGGAGCACAAGAAAAAAGCCGUCUCAUUCUUUGAUGAUGUUACCGUAUUUCUGUUUGACCAGGAGAGCCCUACAGGAGAGUUGGCUGACUACAGCUUUCCUUCAGGGACAGAACCCAAUGGCCAGGUUUCAGCAAGGGAAAAUCAUCAGCUCCAGGAGAGGGACAGUGCCUCCAAUUACUCAGAUGAAAAUGCCGUAGAAGAAAGUCGGGCACUAGAAUGGGAGAAUAAUUUUCCACUGAUGCCCAGCCCAUCUACAUCAGAGCCACCCUCUGAUGACAUCACAACACCUCCCAAUUCCCCAAUCAAAUCUCCAGAGGACAGGCCAGCGCCACCAUUCUCCCGUUUUAGCGUCUCCCGCUUCUCGAUAACACACGUCUCUGACUCUGACGUGGACUCAGUAGGAGGGAACAGUGAAGAGGGAGACCGGGUAUAAGAUGGCCUCUGCAAACCAUCAGAAGGAGAACACAUGUAGAUUUCAUUUGACCUAAACAGAUGGAAGGUUCAGUCAUUGUUUUGUC